AUGCAAUCAGAACCAAAGCAGAUUCCGAUUACAGUUUUCACCGGUUUCCUCGGAGCAGGAAAAACCACUAUAAUCCUGUCCUUAAUACCACACCUUCCCAAAGAUUAUAAUCUAUGUCUGUUGAAAAACGAGUUUGGGGACAUUGCAGUCGAUAGUGAAUUGGCACGGGAGAGCAAUGUAUCGGUACAGGAAAUGCUAAAUGGAUGUCUAUGUUGUGUGUUGGUGGGUCAGAUGAAAAAUGCUCUGACUGAACUCAAAGCUCCAAUUGCCUGGCAAAUACGUGAAAUGAACUCGAUGGGCUUUGUAUUAGACAGCAUUGUUACCGUGAUUGACUGUGUCAAUUUCUCUGGAUAUGAAGACACAAGCUAUACUGCCAAGAUGCAAGCACAAUAUACGGACGUCAUACUACUCAAUAAAUGGGAAAUGAUCAACGAGUACCAGUUGGAUGUAGUAAUUGAUCACAUUAAUGAAUUAAACACAGACACACCAAAAAUAAAAUGCUCCAAGGAUAGUGGAGUAUCUCCAGAUAUCAUUUUCGGCAUUGAUACAACCCUUUUCUCUCUUUCUUCCAAAAGCAUUUCAAUAGACACUGACCUUUCCCAUCAUCGUAAUGAAGUUGAUCUAAUUCAAAUAGUUAUUCCUUCAAACAUUACAUCAUAUAAUAUUCAAUCUAAGUACACGUUUGAAAAUUUUCUAGCCUCUCUUCCCAAAGAUGAGGUCUAUAGAGUUAAAGGACUAAUUAAAUUGAAAGAUGAAAGUGAUGUAGAGAAUGUAUGGAUAGUCAAUCACGCAUUCGGGAGAUAUAGUAUGGUAAAGAUCAAUGAGAAACAGAGGGAAGAGGGUAUCAUACUAAAAUUGAUAUUCAUGGGUGAGUUGAGGACGCAUUUGGAUAAAGUAAAAAGUGCACUUGAUGUUAAUGAUCAAUGUGUGAAAGUCCAUUAUGCACACAGAUGA